CCACAAGCGGGAGAAGGAACUUUACCUUUGAUAGAGUAUCCCCCGUCCCCCUAAGAUCAUGCUCGAAACUAUUAGGAUGGUGAACAAUUGACCGUAGCAUAACUAGUUCAUCUUAAAGAUUGACUUUUUAGAACCCUUUUACGCGAUUAAUGAUCAUAGUUAUUCAAGAGCUAAUCGCGUGAAAUAAAUAUUAUAAAUUAUAUUUUAUUUGAUAAAUGAUGUGCAGAAACUCUUUACUUUAGGAUCACCCAUGCCAGGCUACUCAGUUCAACAAGUGCAUCCAUCUCAUAUAACUUUAAAAAUUCCGUAGUGACCAAAAUUGUUAGAUGCCUAAUCAUAAGCUGAUUGGAUUUUAUUUGGUUUUAGGUGAGUAUGCAAAGAAGUCAAAUAGUUCUCUUAGCAAAAAGGGGAAGAUAGCAAUUUCACUACUGGCUCCAGUGCUCCUCCUUGUAGUUUUCUUUUGGUAUUGCACGGUAAGGAGGAAGAAAAAAGGUAAACAAAGACAACAUAAGUUUGCACUUAGACUUGCUACAGGGUCAGCCUACUUGGAAGACUCUUCUGUAGAUGUUGAUGAAAUUGAUGAAAGUAGAAUAAACUCAGAUUUACCAUUCUUUGAUCUACCAACCAUAACAGCAGCCACCAACAAUUUCUCCGUCGAAAACAAGCUUGGAAAAGGCGGUUUUGGCUCAGUCUAUAAGGUACGUAUAGUUGAUUACUAGCAAUGAUGCCCGCGCGAUGCUGCGGGUUUUAAAACUGUGUAAAAUAUAUACAAAGUUAUGAAAAUAUGUAGGAAAAAUGGUACUAUUUAUAUUGACAUGGAGAUCUAAAUAGUGGUAUCUUGCUUUGUUUAGCAAGUCUAAGUAACAAAAAA